AAAAUACUGAUGUGGACGUGUUUGUUUUAUUGUCGUGAAGAUCUUGCUGUAAGAACUUAAAACGAAAAUCGCAAAAAGAACACGAAAAUAUCUCAACACAAGAAAGCUUUGAUGAAGUAGGUUUUCUUUCAAGCCUGAGUGCUACAGUUUAUCGGUCACGUUCCGUGGAAUAAAACGUGUUCAUUUAGUUCCUAUCUCUCUGGGGAUGAAGGUGCAUUUGGAGCAGUUUGACAUGACAGGUUUUAUCAAUGAGGAUUCUGUUGCUUGGAUAUUCAUGUACCACUUGUACGAUGAACGGACGAGAAAGAGAUAGUGGCAGGCCUCAGGAUGGAUAACGGCACAGACACAGGACCCCUACCUCGAAGUCCAUGGAAGUUAGUUCUACUCUUACCGAUCGUCAUCGCUUCCAUUUUGGCAAACAUUUUACUCCUGAUCACAGUGAAAUACAACAAAGCCUUCCGUCAUAUGCCUUUCUACUACCUGCUAUCGCUGGGCUUGCUGCACACUAUCAUGGCCAUCGUGGGGGCACCACCAGAGGUUUUCAUGGAUCUACGAGGUGACAGAGCCCCCUACACCUACUCCUGCGCCGUCUGGGUGACCUUGGACACUUUCUUCUGCAAUAACAUUUUCCUACAUCUGCUGGGGGCCAGCCUCGACGCAAUGCUGAAGACACACAACCCAUUCAAAUAUGGCCGCACACGCCCUAAAGGCGCAACAAUAUUGAAAAUUGGUGCACCAUGGACGAUAUCGCUCGUACAGAGUACUGUUAUGUUUGCAAUUUCCCGUCACGAUUCAGGCAAGUUGGACGGAUAUGUGUGUUUUUUACAAGAUGCCAAUGUUCACGUCUUGCGCUUUCUUUUGGCCUAUCUUUUCCCACUAUUGAUAGGGUUCAUGUUCUAUAUAGUGAGUUUGUUAGAGCUGAAGAGACAUCGCUCAAAGACUUAUUGGGACUACGAAAAACAAACUGAGGUACGCGCAUUAUUCAAAAGCAGUUCUAUGGAGUCGUUAAAUCAUGUUGAAUUUUCUCCCGCUGUUGAAAAUAACUCAGGCGGCCUGAUAAACUAUUCGAAUAGUAUAUUUACGCUCGAGCGUGAAAUACGAAACUUUCACAACCAGGAUGAUGAUGAGGUUGAGGAAAACCAUCAAUGUGGUUGUAAAAAGCGUACGAGGAAACGAUUACCUAACGACUCAGUGGAAGAUGGCGCAGAUAUCAUUAUCGAACUAUCGCCAUGUCCAAACCCAAACUGUCCCAAUGUGAAAAAUCAUCGGCGAUUCGCCCAAAAUACAAACCUCAUGGAACAUCUUGAUUUCAAUUUCUCAGAUGAGAAUUCUGCUCCUAACACUAAGGAAGUACCGUUAAAAAGUGUCCGCCAUCGUCAGAUUUAUCUAAAACGCGUCCUCCUCACCGAAGAGCGCUUGUCCAAAAUCCUCGCCAUGUUGUACGCAUUGAAUACGAUUCUGUGGUCACCGUAUAUCAUAGCCAAUCUUGUCCAUAGUAUGUGUACUAUUUGUCAGCCAGGCUUGUCGAACACGCUGUUUAGGAAUUUGAAAUGGGCGGCGUACUUCUCUGCUAUUUUUUCACCGUUUUUGUACAUUGUUGUUAGCAGGGAGGUGCGGAAUGCAUACCUGAGGGUGGUGACAGGAAACGCUUGCAAGAAGGAGGCAACAAACUAAAGAUUCUAUGGUGAUUGAUACCACAUGGAUCCUAAUAUACUCUAGUUUCAUCAAUCUAAGAGCGCUUCUUUAUUUUACGAUACCAGAUACAUCAAGGCCACUUUUAAAAAGGUCUUAAGUGUGGACUAGACCGUUAGGACUUCAGGUUUUCAAAAGACUGAUGCAAGAUACUUUCCCAGUGAUCUCUACGCUUCCUAAAAAAAGAACUGCAAAUGUUUCAAUAUGUCUCAACCUAAAAUUCUCACAGUAAUAUUCAAAAAUUGUUAAUAUGUCAAACAUUCAGCCUAGAUAUUAAGUAAGAAAAUGUGAGUUUUAUACUGUUUGGAAUACUGUAAAAAUUGUAUGCUUUAGACAUGUUGAACAAUUAGUGUUUGUGUAUUAGUCAAUAGAAAACGAUGUUUUAUCA